GAGGGCCAAUCGGGCAGCGGCAGGGGCGGAGCCGGGCCACGGGCGCCCAAUGGGCGCCGCGCUCCGUGGGCAGCGGGUUGGGCUGCGGAGGGAGGGGUUGGUUGCGGCGAGUCUGUCAGGCUGCGAGGUGGGGUAAACACACACAGUCGGGCUCCGGGCGCUGGACGGAGGCGGCGGAAGGAGAGAGUCCUGGCUGCUGCGGCUGACUCGGUGGCGGUGUCGUCGGCGUCGAGGGCUCCGGCGGCGGCAGGACCAAGCAGCCGGCAAAAUGGCGGCGGCCGCCCAAGUGUGCGAAAACAUCCAGAUGCUGCUGGAGGCGGCCGAGUUCCUGGAGCGGAGGGAGCGAGGUAGGCCUGCCGGCCGGCCGGCCGAGGUUCUCUCGGGGCCUGUCGCCUUCACCGCUCGCUCGCUCGCUCUCCCGUCUGGCGGCGGGGGGCUCGGGCCGCGCUGAGGGAGAGCGAGGCUUCCUCCGCCGCCGUUGCUUUUUUGUUGCCCUCGCUCCUCUCGGGAGAGGAGGCUGGAGAAGGAGGGGGAGGGGCGACGCCGACCCCCCCUUCCUUCCGCGUUGUUAUUAGUACGUGUGUUGUUCUCCGCUUCUCCCUCCCUCCUCCGGCACCAUCUCCGCCUUCCCUUCUUCCCAUCCCCCCUGAGGAAAAGAGUAAACAACUCGGGCCUUUAAAGCGAAAAUGGGAACCGCCGGAAAGGCUCCGCCGCGCGAGGAGGAGGGGGCUAAAAAUAAGCCCGAAAGGCGAGCGCGGGGGGAGGGGGGGGGCGAAUGGCCUGGCUGCUUCCUCCUCCUCCUCCGCAGAUUUCCUUUCUUCUGAGCCUGUUCACUAGGGAGGGAGCCCCGGACUCCCUUCUGAUCCAGCUUUGCCUUUUCUCUUGCUCGCUCGCUCCUCCCUCCUUCCCUCCCAGCCGCCGCCGCCUCUUCCCACAUGGGGGGGGGGUUGUGGGGCUAUAAAAAUCUACCACGCGCCCCGCUUCCGAUCGUGUGGAUAAAUCGCGCGCCCCUUGUAUUUUACCCCAUUUAAUAAUGUGUGACAAAGCCUCUCGAAGGUAUUGAACAAGAACAUCCAUGGCGACAAAUAAAUAAAUAAAGCGGCUGAAGCCGGCACACACAAAUAAAUUCAUUUUUGGGGAGCGUGCCCUGUUGUUGGGGUGUGCCCUGCAAUUCCUCACCCACUCGCUCCGCUUUUAACCCUAAUGGGGGCCUGAACUGUAGAAGGAAAUGGAGCGGCCAUGACGAUCGAGGUCAAGUGCUGAAACUGUCGAGAUGGAAAGCUGCUGUACCCUUGCCUGAGUCUGAAGGCAUUGCCCAUUUGUAGAUUCCAAAUAGCCUUUACAAAACUCUGUUACAUCUUCUCUGGGAAAGGGGGGGGGAGUAUCAAUGUGCUCAAGUGUUCAUAAUCUCUUGUCACCCCCACCCACAACUGAGACAUUAUUGAUUCAGCAUCAUAAUAAUUGGUGCAUUUCAAGCAUUCAAAGUACCAGUACUUCCUGUACACUAUUUCUGUAUUCUUUAUACCAGGCUUGUAAGAUAAGAUGUUAACAUAUUGCACUUAAGAAUGCUGAGACAAAGAGAAUACAGACUUGACUGAGGCUAGCCAUCUAAUGAAUUUGUGAGUGCGGGGUGUUUUGAAUUCAGCUUUCAUGGCAUGUGAAAUCCUGUGGAUGGGAUUAAUUUGAAGGAGAACAUGCACUGAAUGUCAGGAGAUGAAGUAUUUAGUUAUAUCUGCCAGUGAACUUAAAUGAGUUGUUUUGUUUUGCUAUGAGUUAAUAAUGGGAUGAAUAAUUGUUUCCCCCACAGAAGCUGAGCAUGGCUAUGCUUCCAUGUUACCCUACAGCAGCAAGGAUAGAGAUGCCUUAAAACGAAGAAACAAAUCUAAGAAAAAUAGUAGUAGUAGCAGGUAAGGAAAACCUGAGUGUUCUGCCUUUGUCUUGCAGGGUGAGCCAUGCACAUAACUCAGUCACUUCCAAAGCAACUACAGCAGAGGCAUGAUGAGUACAUUGGGCACGUGCUAAUUACAAGGAUAUUAGCCUUAAUUAAAAGGUUAAGCUGUAGUCCUAACCCUACUUGCCUGGGAGUAAGCCCCAUAGAGUUAAUUAGGAUUUCCUUCUGAGUAGACAGGGUUAGGAUUACAGUUUAAGUCAAGAUGUAGAUUGUAUUGUCUAAAAGUUUUCAUGUUUGUGAUCAAAAGGGCAUGACAGUUUCACUUUUGUUUCCUGUCAAUGUUUACACUGGCCUCUGAACCAAUAUACUGUACUGUAAUGCUGCAGUUGGAAUAUCUGAAGAAGUAUUUGUCAAAAAUUUAAAUUAAAUUCAAAUUUAAAACAUCCUUCAUCUUGAGUUGGGUGUGCUUCAUUCUAAGGAUUUUGAGACACGUUUUAGAAAAAAAGGCACUUAAUCAGUCUAAAUACUCAAUUUAAAUUUGCAGGAAAUGCCACACACAUUUCAGUGCCAGUUUAGAUUUCAGGAAGCCAAGUCUUCUAAGAAAUUUAGAAUGGAUUUGGAAGAGUGCUUAUUUGAAGCCAGUGAAAUUUGAAAACACAUUAACAGCUGUAAUCCAGGGGUGAGGCACUUUUGGCCCUCCAAAUGUUUCAGAACUCCCAACUUCCAUCAGGCCUAGAAAGUAUGGUCAAUAGCCAGGAAUGAUGGCAGCUGUAGUUUAGGAGACCAGAGUUUCCCCACACUUGUUAUAAUCCUGAGCACAAUUAUUAAAGAGUAAAUGCUGUUGUUGAAAUGGGGUUUACUUCUGCAUAAAUAUGCUGCUUCUCUUGCAUUAAAUGCAAUCAUAUGGAUCGAGGUUUUUGCAUCAGUUCCUUAAUUUUGUGCACAAAAUGACUAUCUGCCUAUGGGGUAUUUGUAGUAAGUAUUCAAGACUGCUAUAUAAUACAAGAUGUGUUUAUUAGGCAUAUUUAUGUCCUAUCCUUUAUCCCUAAAACAGCAAUCAGGGUGACUUGCAGCAUGUCAAAAUAACCAUAUAAAAUAUAGAAAAGCAAAACAGUUAAUGAUAGCAGAUAAAAUAAUCUUAACAGUGAGGGUCAGUAUUAUAACAGUGUCAGUAUUAUAACAUCUUGGUGUAGAAAGCCAAAGUCUGUUGGAACAAAAACAUAUUACUCUAUUACAAUUCUGCUAGAUAAUGGCAGAUUUAAGUUCCUUGGACAUUGAUGAAUUGGGCAGUUUAGGACUGCCAUAUGUCCUUUUCAUGGGUAUGUAAAAUGAGAGUUGUCAUAGUGAUAAAAGUAGAAGUCGGCAAAUGUGUCCUCUUUUUUGCUCUUCAAAAUAUGGCAACUCUCAUUUCAGAAGUUCUUAUUGAAGUAUGAUAAUCUUUUUUAAGGCCCAGUUGAUUUAACCAUUGGCUUGCUAACAUUUGUUUUAGUUUUCUGUUUACAUAUCUGGAGAUUCAGGCUGCCUUUAUGUCAUUGCAUGCCUUAGAAGCAGGAAGUACCCAGUUAAAGCUUUAUCCUUAAAUUACCCUGCUGUGCCAGUGGUUAGUGGUCUUGAGAUAAGUACAUGAUGUUCUGCCAUUUGGGAAUGGUAUGGAAAGUGGAAGAUGAAGUUUCAGUGUUAACUCUUCUUCCCCCUUGCCCCAGCUUUAUUAGUUUACCUUUUAAUGUGAACCUUACAUUAGAUAUAGUUCUCCAGGGAAGUGUAUAGUUUGUAUAAAAUUAUGUUGGGACAAGUAAAAUAAAUGCUCAAAUAUAGUUCAGGAGUCUCUGGCAAGCUAAUCAGUUCAGUUUAUAGGUUCUUCCUCCAAUGAUUUUCAUGUAAGCCUAUUUUCCUGCUUUAAAGAUGAGUGUGUAGUGGAACUUUACUUUGAAAGUGUGCAUACCACUCGAUUUAGGUGCUAGAUCAUCAGUUGCAUCAGAUAUGGAAGAUUUAGAAUUGUAGAGUUGGAAGGGACCCUGAGGAUCAUUUAGUCCAACCCCCUGCAAUGCAGGAAUAUGCAGCUAUCCCAUAUGGGAAUUGAACCUGCAGCCUUGGCAUUAUCAGCACACACUCUAACCAAGUUGACCCACACUCUAACCUAACCUGAGCUAGGAAUCUUCUGGAGUCUCAUUCAGCUGUCCCUUCUAAUUUGUUGUUGCAUGUGUUGUUUUUUUAAUUUCUAUUCUUCCUUUAUUUAAUUGCAAUGUAAUGUUUAUAAUAAUAAAAAGAACAUACUAAAAACAAAGGUUUCUACUUAAGAAAUACUUUUCUAGCCUCUCAUGCGAGUAAACACAACAGUCUUCCCCAGGAUUUGGCACAUGGGGGUGUCAACUGACGGCCACAUACAUGGGUUUGUGCAAUAUGUUUUUGUUGUGCAUUAGCAGUUUUGUCUUCAUGAGUACAUCAUGUGCAGAGUGUAUAUAAUAUGUUCUCUUCUCACAUACUUAUUUAAAUGAAAUUAUGGUGAUGAUUAUGUUGGGUAAGUUAUCCAAAAUCAUUCACAAGUUCUUCAAAAGCUUUAAGAGGAGCAGUCAUGUAACUUGGAUGGGUUAAAUAUGUGCAUUUUUUUUUAGUUGUAAUCAAAUGUUAUCGAGUUCUCCUGGAAAGUUUUUUUCUCGCUCUUAAAAGCAACGGUUCCCCACCCCAGGACAGGAGGAGGAAAGACUUUUAAAAUAGUCCAGGAAAUUUCUUUCUUAAUCUGUAUUCUGGGGUAUAGUUGGAUUCAGAAAGACUGUGGGUCUUGCAAAAUAAGUGGUUGUGAUUCAUUCAGUAGAUUAUUUUGCCACGCCUUAUGGUGAGAUCCAUGGAAUGGGCAGGCAUGAUUGUAUCUUAUUCAUAAUGCAACUGUGGUCCCUGGUUUGAGAUCCCUACUGACCUGGGAUUCAGUUACAAACAGAGUUGCAUCUUGUUGACAGUGGUUUGAAACCUGCAAAGGUAUGUUUACUCCAUGGUUGACAAGUGUAAAUGGUUACAUUAAUUCCCUCUUUCUCUAUUUAGAUCAACACACAACGAAAUGGAAAAGAACAGGUGAGUCUUCAAAUGGACAUUAUAAAUUUUUAUUAAUCACAGCAGUAGUCGCAUCUUACAUUUUAUAGUAAUUUGAUGAGGUGAAUCAAAGCAGUGUUUUUAGCUUAAAAAUUCAGUUUGGGGAAGCUGUUUUUUUCUGGGUGGUGGCUUGAAGUACAGUCAUACCUUCUGUUGAGUCUGCCCCGUUUAGGGUCCAUUUCGUCGAACGUCCGUGGCAAACCCAGAAGUACUGAAACAGGUUACUUCCGGGUUUGCCGCUCACACACGUUCAGAAGCACUAAAUCGUGCUUCGCGCAUGUGCAGAGCAGCGCUUUGUCAAGCAUCCAGGGCUCUGGAACGGAUCCCAGACACAAAAGGAGGUACGACUGUAUACAGAAUUGUGCAUGUGGCAAGAGCUGCUGAGUGGAAAGGCUUUAAUGCAAAAUCUCACGUGCACUGUCUUUGGGCCAUUCUAUUUGCCAUAUGCAUUAAAUCACCCCACUAUAAUCAGAAUUCUCAAACCACAUUGAAAUGAUUCUGAAAACUGUCCUUCCGCCUUUCUAUGUUUGAGUGCCUUUAGGUAAUUGGGUCUGUUAUGAAAAUAACUACGUUGGUAGUGAUGGUUCUCCAAAUGACAAAGUCUCAGAAAAAAUAUUGCUGAAGGAAAAACUUCUCAGCAGCUUUACUCCUCCGUGGUCUUCAGAAAGGGACUAUUGCUCCAGUGAUGUUUGCUGAGGAACUGUGUGAUUUCAUUCCAGCCACAUGUGCUAGUGGGGGUCUGCAGUCUGUAUUUCCCAGCUGGCACACAGUACUUCAAAAGGCUUUCACCGCAGGGACUAGUUCGUGGUUGCCUGUUGCCACUUUUCUUGCAUACAGUUCUCAGACUAGUAAAUGAAUGUGGGGAAUACUGAUUUAUAAAGUCAAUAACCUGUUCAAAGGAUCAUAUUGAAGUGAGGACUAAGUUUAAGGCCAAUUUGGCAUCCAUACAUGUGAUUGCUGCUUUAACUGGGUUGGCACCAAUAGGACAUCUAGAGUACUCUUUGGAGGCACUUACUAGGUGUACCUUAGUCACAGUGUUGUGGCUUAAUUGAGAUGGUUUUAUUGGUGUGGUAGAGUGGUGUGGUAGACUUACCAUGUGACUGAUUACCAUGUGAGGCUGGAAUGUUAAAUUAAUUCCUAUGUUAUAUAGAAAAGGAUCUUGGUACAACCUCUCCUGAAACAUUUUAGGAAUUAGCUGCAUAUCUUUUGUAAGAACUGGAGCUUAAUUUGGGAUAUGGCAAAUGAUGAGUUAAUGGGUAAGAAGGUAAUGAAACUUAGAAAAUAGGAAACUACUUAUUACUAUUUCUCUAAAAUGCACCAUGGGCUUCAUUUUGACAUUUUUCUACUUCAUUUAAGAAUGAAAUAAUUUUUUUACACAGACAAAAAAUCAUUCUGUGUUUUUACACAGGCGCUUUCAACAAGGGAUUAAACAUGCUGCAACACUUUGCACCUAAAGUGAAUUUAAAUGGCUGCACAUCUUCAAUCUUUUAAAUUAUAGAAUUGAAACAAUACAUUGUGUUUUAAAUGUUCAGCUUUUGAUCAUUGUUAGCAUGAACUGGAUUUCCAGGAAGAAAAUGUUUUAGGAAAAAUUCCCUGUUGUCCUUCAGGCCAUUUACUGUAGAGCAGUUUGGGCCUUUUUAGUAAAUGUAGCCUACAACAUGUAAACAUUUGUCUGUGUUCCAAAUUAGGUGUGUUGUAAAUCAUUUUCUAUAGAAAACUCGUUCAGCAGUGCUUAGUAAAUUGCCUCCCAUAAUAUUUACCAAGGAAAUUACAGAAAGUGAAGCAGGGAAAUUCCACCAGCUCAGCCUGUAAAUCUCAUGAUCCGAUAAGAUAUCUUAGGAACUACAAUUUAAAAUGAUGUGGGCAUGAUUUAGUCAUGGUUAAGCACUUUGUACACUUAAAUUCAAUAACAAAAGUUAAGCACGUGUUUUAUUUUCUUCCAUGGAAUAAAUGAAAAUUAAGUGUUUAAAUUUUAAAUGUGUUUACAGCAUGUCUACAAAUAGCAAGGUUGCAUUUGUGAAGACUGCUUGCAACAUAACCAAGUAAAUAGUGUUUAUUGUCUGUUUUAUUUUAACAAUAGCUGUAGGCUGCCUUUCAAGGGAUUCCAGGGAGCAUACAGUGAACAUAAUAAUUAAUAUAAUAAAACAAAUACAAUAAAACAUCUGUCAAGUGAUUUAAAGAUUGAGAAGCAAAGAGAACUGUAAAAAGUAAAAGAAGACUGGGACAACAAGCCUUUCAAACUCCUGAGCAAAUAUAUGUUAAACUGGUGCUGAAAAGAUAGUACAGUGGUGCCCCGCAAGACGAAUGCCUCGCAAGACGAAAAACUCGCUAGACGAAAGGGUUUUUUGUUUUUUGAGCUGCUUCGCAAGACGAUUUUCCCUAUGGGCUUGCUUCGCAAGACGGAAACGUCUUGCAAGUUUUUUUUUUUCUUAACACCGUUAAUACAGUUGCGACUUGACUUCGAGGAGCAACUCAUAGAACGCGGUGUGGUAGCCUUUUUUGAGGUUUUUAAAGACUUUGGUGAUUUUUGAAGCUUUUUCAAAACUUACCCGACACCGUGCUUCGAAAGACGAAAAAAUCGCAAGACGACAAAACUCGCGGAACAAAUUAAUUUCGUCUUGCGAGGCACCACUGUAAUGCCAAAAAUAGUAAUGCCAACACGAGUCGUAUCUCCCUGAGGAGAUGAGUGUGGUACCAGCACAGAAACUACCCUGUCCUUAGUGCAUACAUAAUACGCUUUCACUAAGGAAGAAGGCCGUCUGCCAAGGAUCUCAAGGCAUUGUCCUAUAGGCAUUUGGGUCUGAAGGCACUUAGAGCUUUAAAGGGAAUUCCUUGAAUUGGAAACAACUAGGAAGUCAGUGUAGUGCUUUGAAAAUGGAAGCACUAUGACUCAUCUGGCUUAAACAGUUAAAAUUCUGGCAGCCAAAUAAAAUGUUAUGGUUAUCCAUCUGUAUAGGGGGGAAAGGAAAUUUUAUCAGUGCUCUUUUUGAAAAUGCAAUACUUUAUUGUUGCUUUAUUGAUUUGAUGUCAUUGCAAUUACAUCUGGAAGGCAUCACAUUGGCUACUCCUGACCUAGACUGUAUUUGAAGAACUUCUGAAACUUUCCUUGUUGUGUCAAUGAAAUUCUGGUUCACAACAUAGUUCUUGCUUAUUAAAUAUAUACUGUUCCGUGCUGGUCUUAAGAGUACUUUUGUAUACUUAGUAAAUAUACUUAGGAUUGCAUAGGACUAAUUGAGGGCAAAUUGUAAUUGCUGCAACCUGGGCUCUACAAAUGGCAGAUCAGCUUGUAAGCCACCAAUUAUUUUUACUAACCUGUGGGAAUAUUUGUUUUCUUUAUUUUUAUUGUUGUAUUAAAAAUGCCCCUAAGUAUGUGGCAGUUUGACUUGAAGGAGGAGGGCCUAUUGUCCCCACAGUCCUAACUCCCAGCACUUUUUUUGUUUGAAAAGUAAAGACUAAUCCCAAUAAUUUUGUAAGCAUAAAGAGCACCAUCUCCCUCAGCAAAAACUUUCAGGACUGUGUUUUCCCAGCUCCUGGCUUUCACCAAAAGGCUGUUCCAUGCAACUCUCCCCUUACCUUAGGCAGGCUCUCUGUUCUUUUCACCCACCUCUGCAAAGGGCUUCAUUUGUACAGCCUGACAGGAAUUCCUUUUUAAUACCAGCGUAAAAAAAAAAAAGACCAUAACCAUAUACUUCCUCCAGAGAAAUGUGCUCUGGGAGUUUCUUCCAGCCUUAUUUCCUUUCAUGAACUAUUUUCUUUCCAAGCUGGUAUUUAAAACAUCAGUAGGGAGCCUUCAGCCCACUGGCUGAAUUUGGUCCAGCAUGGAUUCCAUUUUGACCUGUUAAGCUGUUUUCCCCCAAACCACGCCCAUCUGCUGCACACCUGAUGUCAUAUGUGACGGGUUGGCAGCACAACCAAGUUCCCCUAUAGAGAACCCUAUUGUGCAGCUGAUCCCUGCCUAAAUCAGGGGAAACAUAAAACAGGGUUGAAGUUCAAGCUUGUUGGAUCAGCUGUUCAGCAGAGUUCCCUGUGCAGAACUCAGCUGUGCAGCCAAUUUUUGCAGAAAGCAACUUUGCCAGCUGUAUGCUCAGUGCCUGGGAAGCAAAGGCCUCUAUGCUGCAGUUCCCAAGUGCCUGACAACCAUAUGGAUGCAACAACCUACCUGCAUCUGCUCACCUGUCAAUGUUGGUGCAUGGAGGUGUGGAAAUAGAGGAAUCUGGCCCACCAGUCUAAAAAGCUCCCCCACCCUUGCUUCAUACACAUACUGUUUAUUUUGUCAUCAGUCCUGAGCCGAAUAGAAGGCUAGAGUGAAUUUGUUUAAAAAAUCUGUUUUCUCUUUCGUCCCAUGUGGUUAAGGAAUGGAGAAGGACUGAGCUGAAGGGAAGAGGCAAGGAAAAGGAAGGAAGAGUAGCAGAAAAAGGGUACACACAGAAGCUGGGAAUUUAAAAGGUUGUAGGACCAGGAAAGAGACCUUUGUGAACUGCUUAUGGUCAGAAUAGAUAGUACUUGGUUAGACGUGCCAGUAGUCCAGUAGGCUUGAAUGUUGUGUGGGGGUAUCUGCAAAAAAAUGACAACAGUUAAUGAAUAGGCUUACUAAAACUAUUCAGUUUAAAGGCUUUUGCCUUUAGUUGAAAAAUUCUAAAGCUAAACAGAGUAUUACAUGGAAAAGCUCAAGGUCUCCAACAGCUAGUUAAAAUGCUGGUGAUCAACUUAUGAGUGGUGGUUAGUUAUCUCUGAAACUAAUUUUGCUACAUUACUGGGUAAGGUAAAACUGGAAUUAGUUUUAAUUAAAAUGUGUGGGUAUCUUGUGUUGUGUAAUUAUAAUUGCAUCACUUUAUGACUUUGUGGUGUAUUUUAUUUUGAGAUUGACUAGCUUCAUGGCAUAUGUUACAUCAAAGUACAUUUAAACUACAGGUAGGAAACUGAAUCUUAACUCCCUAGUGCAGCUGAUCUCAGCAGGUGGUUGGACCUUGAAACGAGUCUUGUGCCGCACUUUGAAGCCCUGACAAUCAGCUGGCGGUUGAGCUUCAAAGCUACCUGUAAAUCCCUUUUUUGACCCAGCCUCAAUAUUACUGCCCCACAUUGGACAUAGGACAGAAGAGUUUGGCUUACCCACUAUGGCCUGGCAGUUCUUUACCCUGUUUUAGACAUUUAGAAUGGGUAUUGAAUGAGGCAUAGCCAACUUUCAAAAGACCUAAUUCAGAAUGGCCUGAGACAGUGAUGAACAUGCUUUUCAUCUCUUUUCUAAGCUUCAUGAUUACUUAUCCUAGUUCCUUAGUUAUAUAAUAGAGAAGUACCCAUGAUGAAUGUUUCCAGAACGUUGAUCUUACACUCAUAACAACCUGUGUGUAUCUUGGUUAACAGACGUGCUCAUCUGCGACUGUGUCUGGAGAAGCUCAAAGGGCUGGUGCCUCUUGGACCGGAAUCCAGUAGGCAUACCACGCUAAGUUUACUUACAAAAGCUAAAUUGCACAUCAAGGUGAGUUGAAGCGGAUGUGCUCUAGAGCUCCAUGUAAAAAAGCUCAUUACUUCAUGUUUGUCAAAUAUAUCAUGGAACUGAGAUAGGGAGUAAAUAACGCCAUAUUCCUAAAGAACAUUGUUUCCUCGCUAAUGAAGAGGGCUGCUUCAUCAUGGUACGAGAAAGGACCAAACAUCAUAAUCUUUGAGUCAGCAUUGUACCACAUUGGAAGAAUACAUACAGACAUUAAGUCUUGGCAGGCACUUGAAGGUAAAUCUUGAUGAGCAGGUGCCAAAGACAAUGCCUGCGCAUCACUGAUGAAGGGUCCACAUGAUUUUAUACAAGGCCUUAAAAUUGCUUGGGAAGUGCCAUUAGACAUACUUUCAUAUGCAAAUAAUAAUAAAUUGAUAUAAUGGCUUUUAUCUUUUGCACAUAAUGCACAAGAAUCAUACUACACCUGUUUUGUUCUACAGAAACUUGAAGACUAUGACAGAAAAGCAGUACACCAAAUAGAUCAGUUGCAACGAGAACAGCGGCACCUGAAAAGGCAGCUGGAGAAACUGGGUAUUGAGCGAAUAAGAAUGGACAGUAUAGGAUCUACUGUUUCUUCUGAUCGAUCCGAUUCAGACAGAGGUGUGUACUGGUGGUGUUGAGUUGGGUCCCUGCUUCCAUGACCAAAUAGGAAUUGCAUUGUUAGGAAGUGAAUGCUGUCUGAGUUACCCAAGUAACAUUGCAUUUCUUUUGCAGAAGAAAUCGAUGUGGAUGUGGAAAGCACAGACUACCUAACAGGGGACCUAGACUGGAGCAGCAGCAGCAGCCCAAGUGAUUUGGACGAAAGGGGAAGCUUGCAGAGUGUCUGCAGUGAUGAGGGCUAUUCGAGCGCCGGCAUUAAGAGAAUAAAGCUGCAGAACAAUCUCAAGGCUUGUCUCAGCCUAUAAGGAGCCAGUAGCUUUCUUUCCAUCCAUUGCUGUUUCCUUGUUGGAUCUUACUAGGUAGUAUGUUGGACCGUCCCACAAUUCUCUUGCACGUAAACUUCUUGUGCCACCAACAUUACCAAAAUCUGCUUUGCCUAAGUCUGAAAACAGUGCAUAGGGUUGUGGGUUACAAGCUACUCUCUGGAGCACACAUCUGAUGGCAUCCACUAGCUUCCCUUUUCUGUCAGUAAACUCAUCUCUAUGAGACUGAACAUUCCUACCAAAUUUCUAAGCACCCAAUAAUAUUGUUGCAGUAAUAGCAACUUACACUUUUUGCCUGUGCUGCUGUUGCUUAAUGUUCAAGAUUAACUUUUUCACUAUAGGGGUGGGAGGAGGGGAGAGCAUAAUAUAAGGUGUCCGAAACAGCCAGACUAGCCACUAUUCCUCAAACAUGACCUCUAUAGGAAGAACUCGUGGUUUCUGUCAUUCAGAGCUGGUAAUUGGGAGAGCAUACUUACGAAGCAUUGCAAGUUUCUGUGAGGGAAUUGUGCAGUGAAAUGUCCCAGCCACUGUUCAGAAGUUAUUCUGAAGUGUCCCAAGUCAUUGUAGUUGUAAUGUAGUAAUCUCUGAGACACUCCUGCCAGUACUGAAUCAAAGCUCCAUUUGGUUUGUAAGCACUGAGCCACCUUCUCAUCAGUAGUCCCAGAGGGCGAGGAUUGAGACAGGCAACUGGCAGACUAAAACUAACUUUGGCAGAAAUAUAGUAGGAAUAGGAUUGUGCAGUAGGCUCUUGAUGGGGUGGGGUUCUUUUCACUAUUAGCUCAUUACCUUGGUAGGAUGCCUUUACUUAAAGACAUCUCAAUUAUCUUUGGUGUCAAAAGACCAAAUGGUACUUUAAACUACUCCAGUGCAAUCUUUAUGAUGAUGUCUUUGCAUUGAUAGCUGCAUUUACCUUUUGUUCCUAGCAGCAGUUCUAGCUAAGUCCUUCUUGUCUCUGGGACAAUUCUUUCUACCUCAGAGAGAUGAACAAAGCUGAUCUCGAUCCCUUUAGCACAAAAGAAUUAUGCCUCAUUUGUAUACUUGGUUCUAGUCCAAUCUGUUUACUUAAAAAAAUUCAGCAAUAACUGAGUGACAAAGUUAGCUGUGCUAGCUUUGAGUUAAUGACUGAGGAGACUGCAUUACAGUAAUUCUGUGGUGCCAUCUUGGCAUUCUAGCACUCCUUUGCCUGUUUAAAUUAUUUGGUAGCCCUCAGAAAAGUGACUUGCAUGUGGAUUUUAGGUUUGACUUUAUUAUCUUUUCUGUUCGCUUCUCACCCUGUCUCUGGUGUCCCACAUCCAACAGCAUUCUAACCACUAACUAGAGCACACACAAAUGUACAUAACGUGGUCUAUGAAUAGUAUUUAUUCAUUUUUAUAUAAACUUAAUGUAAUAACAUUCUUAUGAUUUUAAGCUUUUAUAGAUGUUUAGGAAACUUUGUAUUUCAUGGUCCACUGAGUGAGAUUUCCUUAGUCCCAUUCUCUUUGCUUUGAACAUUAACUCCCAGGGACUUUUAAUAUUUAUUUGUAUACAGCUUGCUGUCCCCAAGCACUUAGAGGAUACCUGAGAGCCAGUUAAGCAACUUCAUGUCACUUCACUCUAAAAGGGCUAUGUAGCUUAUUUAGCUUCAAAAUGUAAUUCAUGCUUGCUUGCAUGACCUGAGCUGCCAAAAUCCACUAGGACACAAGUUCUAAACAACAUGAAAAUUACAUUUGAUUUCUUCAAGAAGCUUAAAGCUAUCUUUGGAAAAAAAUUCAAGAUGGGAAGUGGGGCUAGUGGAUUGCUAAAGAUCUCCAAAGCUAUUUCUUUUGAGUGUGCUAUCUUUAAAAAAAAAAAAAAGGCUGGAAUUUUAAGUUGUCCAGCAGACUUGCACUGAACUCCUAUUUGUUGGAGGCCUUCUUGCAUUUAUAAGCUGGCUUUGAAUCGAAGCAGAAAACCCUUCAGAGAGCUAGCUCCCAACCUGUAAACUAAAAGAAGUUGAGUAGCUGCACUUUGAGGUCCUUUGUUCCGAUAUGUUUCUUGCCUGAGACCUUUGAGCUUCUGUAUUUGUUAAUGAGUUGCAUAAAACUGCCUCACAAAUUCAACUCCAUGUUGCCACUUUAAGGUUCAAAGUAACUUCAGAUUUUGGGGGCAUUUUGAUGGGGUAAAUUUGAAUUACAAAUUUGUAUACUUUUCUUUAGACGUAACGAGUCUUAAGGAUUCGGCCUAAUGCGUUUUAAUUGUUGUGCCUUUAUAUGAGUUAAUUAUAACUGGGCGCAAUCCACUUCUAACUUCUCCUAGAUAGUACCCCUUCUUUCUCUCCCUCCUUCCCAAAGCAACAAAAAUAUAUACACACAUGGAAGUAGCAGUUUAGCCAUGGUUGUAUGUGGCCACUUUUGUUUUGGUGUACUUUGAGCCGGAGAAAUUCCUGGUGGAUUGUGCCUGUUGUAUUUUGAGUAAAAUACUGUGGGAUUCUUGUUUUGGGGGGUUGGGGUUUUGGUUUUUUGGUCCCUAUUGUGAACCGGUAAUUAAUCUUUGCACUGUUUGGAUGUGGUCCUUUCAAAAUUUGGAUGGUACAGAAAAAUUGAACUUUGCAAAUGAUGCACUAAUGUUAAAAAAAAAAAACUAACCUAAGGAGGUGAGCGGGGUUUCAGAAGCAUCUGGGCAUCUAAAACAAAUUGUCCUGUGGGCUCCAGGGACACCUUUAAAUCUCUUGGCUAGGACUGGCCUUAGCAGCUGCAAACUUUGUGGUGCUCUUUGCUAUUCACCCAGCCCAUCCCUCAGAUAGUUGUGCCCACUUCAAGGAUGGAUAAAUAGGCCCAGUUGCAUACAUGGCUCCCAUUAUUAGAAAUUCCUGCCAACAGGGUGAGGGAGGUUUGUACUGUGCUUGCAGGUAGGCAGCACUGGUGUGGUGCAUAACUGCACUAAUCUAUCCUGUCUCAACUUCAUGAACAGAAGUUUCAUACACUGCCAAGGUGGUGUGGGAACAACCACAGGGGUAGCGAGUGGCAACCAUGUCACUUGGGUGAUGUAUAAGCUGGGCCAUAGAAGUGUGACAUUAUGGUCUAGCCAGACUUUCUCUCGAAUUCACUGAUCCACCAGCAUUAUGACUCGAUAAGCUGCAGAUACAUUAAUUUUGAAGAUUACUAAAGGGGAACUGGGGUUGUUUCUGUGCCUGUGUUUACAGCUGGAAGCCGCAUGUGUUAAAAAGGUCGCACUAAACGCUGUUGCACUCAGUAACGGCCUGCGCAGAAGCGAAUGUGGGGCGCACUUGAUUGGAAAUGGAAAUUCAAAAUUUUUGCUCUUUCUGAUCAGAAGUAAAUGUGGAUGUCAGGGUGACAGUCUGAAGUAGCCUAAAAAGUAUUGUCUGUACCUGAUGAACUUUUCUCCUGAGUGUUGAACACCCAGAACUUUUAUUAUGGUAUUGUGUUUUUUAUAAAGCAGAGCUUUCAAGGUGCUGAUAGUCACAUCUUGUGAACUUUUUUCCAGGGUUGGUGUGAAUACCUGUUUUUGAUUCAAGCUGAGCACUUAUUUGAGAUGUCCAGUGAGGUGCCACAAACUUUCCCACCCUCUUGCAAGAUUCCAGAGCUCUGGGCAUUAGCAGGCUGAGUUCUGCCAACUGCCAUUUUAGCACUUUGUUCUCAGAAUAUGGCACUUCUCUCCCGCCCUUAUCCCCCUCCCUCAUUCUUUUGUCUUGUUGCUCUCUCUCUUCAGGAGCGCUUACAAAUCCACUAGAAGGAAGCCCUGUGUUCUUUGGGAGGAUGGGAUGAAUGAUGGGGAAGGUUCGGUUUUUUUAAGUGCUCUCUGCCUAAUUAGAGUGAACUGGGCAUCUGGUGUAAGCUCUAGCAAUAUAUUAGGACUCUGAGUCCUCCUUUUGCCCUCUUGGUAACAAAUUUCAGGUUUUGACACUUAACUGUAUUGAGACAAAUUCUGCUUUCUAUACCUAGUUUAUGUUUGCUCCCCUGAUUACAAAUACUGUGUUGCUUACUCCCUUGCUGCUUUGAUUUGAAGAGGGUUUAUUAUUAUUAUUAUUAAUUCUUUCUGUUAGGGCAAGUGUUUGGUUUUUGUACAUUAUGACCACCUGAAGCUCUUUGAACAUCUAUGUGAAUCAGUGACACUCUUAGUUUGGAGGAAAAACACCCCCACACACUACUGAGCAAACAAAAUCUCUUUCCCUGCUCCUGCGUCUCUGUACAAAGAUUGACUAUAGCAAACCUGUUUGUUUUGAAUAUUGUGGUCUGGUUGGACAACUCUUAAAGUCAGCUUGUUUGGCUGCCAUCUGCUUGACGGCUUAAAUAUGCUUACUGAAACAUACCUGUUCCCUUCUGAAGUGCCCAAAGAUUUGGCCUAUCUGGAGGAGUUCGGCUUUAUUUUUGUGCUGUUCUUUUGAUUGACCUUUCCUCAAAUAGGUGCUCUUAACAACACUUGCGCUUUUGAACUCUUGACAUUAGUUUUGGAGUCUUCCAAAUAAAAAUGCAGCCUAAACAGGGGAGCAGCAGAUAGGGAGAAAAUAGGAAUUCAGUUUCCAGAUGUUCAGUUCCUAAUGUAAAUACCAUGUCAUAAAAAUCCUGUGUCAAGACCAUAUAAUGGUGCUUUUUAUUACAGUUAGCACAUGCAUUUUUAGAAAUUACAUGUUUUAGAAGACCUUGCUGUGUAUAUGUAUACUUCUGUAUUGUUCAACUGUUAGAAAAUAAAUUAUUUCAUUAUUAAAGAGUG